UUUUUAGUUUUCAAAUUCAAUAUGGCAACAGAUGUUGACAACAAUAUUUUAUUACUCAAACCAUUCACUCCAAAAUUAAUCGAACCACAAACGGAAAAUUUACACAGUUGUGCAAUUUGUGAAUCUACAGCUCUUUAUAAAUGCCCAAAAUGUUUAAUAAGAACGUGUUCAGCAAAAUGUUCAAAAACGCAUAAAGAGAAAAACAAUUGUGAUGGUCAACGUCCUCGCUCAAAUAUUUUACUCGAUGGCAAACAAAAUUGGAAGAAAAUUCGAGGUUACUCAAACUUCAAGGAGGAUACAAGCAUUGAAGAUCAGCAAUUCUUACAUCAAAUUAAACAACGAAAAAAUAAUUCAGACGAGACAGAAUGCUUGCCCAAAACAGAAAAAAUAGAGAAUACCUCACUCAAUACACAAAAUUCGAAUGAUAACCAAAAGCCAAAACUUUCUUAUAAUGACCAAUCCUUACUCAAAAGUGCUCAGUUUCGACGUAUUUGGCUGUUACCAUCGAAUGAUUCAAAAGAUUUUGGUUCUUCUCGUAUUGAACAAUUUUCUGAUACAAUUUUUUGGAAAUGUACUGUCAAGUUUGCAUAUCGAGCGCCAGUUGAAAAGACCGAAGAAAUGAACGAAUCUUCGAUUAAAAAUGAGGAAAGUUUUCAAGAGGAUGAGACUUUUGAUGAUCAAGCUUCUUCAUCUGUUAUUACGCAUUUGGCCAAACCACUUGUUGAUUAUGAAAUUGAAGAUGGCGAAGAAUUGAAGAUUUCUGACAAUAUUGUUGAUGUUAAAGAAGAAAAAAUUGAAAAAGAGGAAGGAGAAAUUGAAACUGAAUUGAAAACUGAAGAAAAAAUUUUUUCUGACAAUGGCAAUGACGAACGUGACGAAGAAAAAAUGAUUGAAGAUGUCAAUUCAUAUCAGGACCCACUUCCUCCGUUAAAAUGGCUUUCUUACACUGUUCAAAACAUUCCCGAAUCAAUCCGUGUUUCUACUCUCUUGCGACAAUUUCUUAGACCAAAACUUUAUGGGACAGUCAUAUCUAAAUCAGAGCUUGACAUGGAUUUUCUGCAACAAUUUACUACCGCAUCAAAAUCAAUUAUCGACCCUGCAAAUGAUUUAGACAAGGAAUGUGUGAGAGAUCAGCUGACCGUUUACUCUGAGGUUGCAUUACCCCUUGGAAAGGAAGAAGACGAAGUUACAAGUGAAAAUGAUUGUCAAAGUGAAGCAGAAUUGAGAUAUUAUCCCGUUAAUCCACAACAAACUAUUUUGGAAAAUUUGCGCAAUCGUUAUGUUGUUGGACAUCCUUGUUUUGUGGUCCUUUUACGACGAGAAAAUGAAUUUGGCGAGUUUGAAUUUCCUAUGGUGGGUGAAGUAGAACAGGCUUUGCUUAAUGCUGAACGUGAAAGGACGGUUGUGGUUAAAGAUCGACCAAGAUGGCAAAACCGCAGCAGAAAUUCUGAUGGUCGAGGAUUUCGAAAUGGUGGUCAAUUUCAGCACAAUUCUCGUCAACAUAGACAUGGAGGGAAAAAAGGUGGUGGGCGUCAACGCAUGUCAGAACACAAUGAACACUCAGGGCCUCCAAAUGGACAAUGGCAGCAACAAUGUUCUUAUGGCCCUAUCUACAACACUCCACCAUUUAAUCAGUAUCAAUAUCAUUUUCAUCCUUAUAUGCCUGCAACAUUUAUGCCUCAAACUCAACCAAGAGGACAAUGGAGUGAUCAAAGAGGAGGAUUUUUACAAUGAAACCUGAAGAGGAAAUUGAAAAUUUUGUGUUAGUUUAAAAUUUUUUGUUGAAUUUUGUUGAACUAGGUGAAAGAGUAGGAAAGAGUUAAUCACAGGCCCGUAGCCAGGGGGGAGGGGUUAGGGGGGGGGUAAAAAAUACAUGUGAAUAUUUAUACAAAUUAUGAAAAACAAAGCUCAAGUUAAUUUAUCAACGGAUUUUUAAGAAAUUCUUUUUUUUUCCGAACAUCCUCGUUUUCAAGUCUAUUUUGAAGGAACUUAGCAGAUUGAGAAUUUGAAAAAAUUUGGAGGAGAAUUAGAAGAUACAAAGAAUUAACUAAUUAGAUAAUAGGUUUGUAGUUGUUGUUGUUCUUGAAGCCGAUCGCCGAGAAGAAGAAGAACCAAGCUUCAUCAAUUUUUCUCCUUACCUCCCUUCUUCAUCUACUAUCAAUUUUAAUCAACCUUUAACUGCCAAAACACCAACAACAAUAAAUCCUUCUUCAUCAUCUAGACGUUCAAAUUCGAAUUCUUCUCGCGGGCCUACAUCUUCAACACAAACACGUAACUAUUCAAAACUUUUUACUGUUCUAACGGCGAUU